UUACUUCGAGUCUUCAUACGUAGUCGCUAUUUCCACUUGUCGGUUGCGGAUUCACCUGUUUUGUACGCUUGUAAAGUUGUAGUUGUUCUGUUGUAGCUAGUAGUUGUAGGAGGCAAAGUCUGCUAGUCAGUGUUGGAUGGAGUGACUUCAUGACUCGGCUCCUUUCUGCAAGGCUCCCUUCAGGAUGGCCACGGCCGAGCAUGCAAGUGGAAACCCGUUUGAUGUGGUGCGCCGAGUUGGCCAGCUACUGCGCGAGAUAGCGGCCACGGAGGGCCAGUCUGGCAAAGCGGUGCAGAAAGUCCGCUAUCUCAAUGACUUGGCAAAGGGCCUACGAGACAAUGACAUUGCCUUGGCCAAACUUCUGAACCCGUUGUCUGCACUGAGAUGCCUGUGCAUUCCGAUUGUGAAUGCGAACGGUGCAGCCCGUGCAGCUGCGUUGCGUGCACUGCGCUACUUGAUGGUGACACAGGAACUGCACGAUGCUGUGCUAGACAUCAAGCUGGACAUCUUCAUUGUUAGGUCACUGGACCAAGAUGUGACCAAAGAAGCUGAGCGCUUGCAGGCUAUCAAACUGAUUCGCACGAUGAUGUUGCUGCAGCCACUCAAUUUCCCCCUGUCGUUUGGCCGCGCCGUUGUGUCUAUUGCCGAGAGCACGCAGGACAGCCUGUGUCAGUCGGCGCUAUCCAUACUGUGUGAACUAGCUGUGCUCAAUCCCCGGAUGGCGUCAAUGUGUGGUGGCAUUCGGGCCAUCCACAUAGGAAUAGUCGCCAAUCACAACAAUGUAAUGCUGCAGCGUUUACAGAAGACAUAUGGGACUUCCAUUCCGAUGGCGGCACCACUCAAUGAAUUCAUGACGUUGACCCUACUGCGCCUCUACAACACUCCUGAAACACGCCGCUAUCUGCGUCAGGACAUCGAAAUCGAGACUAUGAUGGCACCCUUGCUCGAUGUUCACUAUAAACAUUCUGCUGAAAGUGCGGAUGGCACCAGUCAACAAGCCAAGAAUGAGAAACUAGCUCACAUUAACGCCUCGCAAAUGUCUAUGCUGACAAUGUUCCGGACAUGGCAAGGACUAAUGUACAUGUGUCGUCCGUCUGAGAAGAGUGCCUUGCAGGCGUUUAUUGACGUGCUGCCGUACCCAGAGGAGGGCCUACAGAUGGCUGUGAUGAAUGUCAUCUUUAGUAUAUUCCACCUGAAGAUCCCCAUCGAUACGGAUGAUUUUGUGGAGGCACUGGCAACAUGCAAUCCGUCUGAGUUCCAAGAGGAGUGGCAGCUUGAUCAGGGGUGGGUGGUGGAGGAAGCCAGGGCACUUUUGCCACGCCGCUCUAAUGGCAGCAGGGUGAACAUGAUGGACCAGUAUCAUGCCGUGGUGCUGCAGGCAUUCCUGUCACGUGGGAUGCUAGAACGCUUGGUGGAGGUUGCCCUGAGCAAGGUGGCUAAAGUGUCAGUCAUGGCCACUAUUCUCCUGGGAGAGCUGCUUCACCUGGCGAACACUCUGCUGCCCAUUGAGAUGGCCUGCGCCACGCACUCCUUGCCAACACUGGUUUCGGUCGCGACUGACUUCAGAGGUGACGAGGAAAGGCGGAACCGUGCAAACUCUGUUAUCAACAAUUUGGACUAUCUCCACCAGCGCAAGAAGGAUCCCCUGCUUCCUAACAGUUUGUACCUGGAAACGAUGCUUCAGCAGUUCCAGCAGGGUGAGAUUGAGAAGCGCAAGGCUAGUCGAGCUCCUGAUUGGAUGCCACAGGAUACCGAUGAAGCACAGCUCGCUAAGACCAUUCAAAGGAGCAAUGUGUUGUCGGACAAGGAGUACGAUCAGUGGGAUUGGCCAACGAUUGACUCCAUCUUCCGUAUGCCCAAUGUGAACAUCAAGCGCAUGGAAGAGCAGCAGCCAAAGUUCAUUCGGCGAUUGGUGAAUUUCUACAUGCCUCGCAAGAUGUUUUCUCAUUUAGGGGCUGUCCAGGAGAACAGGAAGUAUUCAGCAGUUGGUCUCCAGUUCUUUGCCUUCAUGGUUGCUGGAUUGGUACUGUCGGAUGAGCCUCCCAAAUGCCUGAUGGACUUGCUAACUGAAAUUUCGUACAAUUUUACGUACCUGCAUCAUCCUACACGUACGGUGUUCUCCGCCAGCAGUGUCACCACCACACUGACACGAGACUACUUCCUCUUUCUCGGCAAGCUCUCCACCACUUCCUAUGGAUUUCAGAUGCUGGAAAGGUUCAACAUCUUUAGAGCGUUCUUGGAAAUCUGCGAGACUGACCUGAGUGACCGUGAAGAGCUGCAGCGCUUGCUCAUCUCCAGCCUGGACUUCUCUCGCGAUGGGCACAAUCGCAUCGUUCUCACCAAGCUGCUGACCAACACAAGUGAAGCAAUGCGAUUGUAUGCCACAGGGCACCUGAGAGUACUGCUGCGAGCCAAGGUACCUUUCUUCCACACGUGGUGUUUGGAAAUGCUUGUUGCACAGUUGUGUGAUCCGAGUCACGAUGUCUCCAAUGAAGCACUGGAUGUGUUGGAUGAAGCAUGUGAAGAUGAGGCAUGUCUUCACACACUGGUAACGUUACAGCCCAGUCUGCUACACCUGGGACAGCCCGGCAGAGCGCUCUUCAGUAGGUAUGUGACUAUCAACAGUGGCUUGAAACUGCUGAAGAGUCUCAAUUUUAUUGAUGAGGAGCUGGGCCGUUGGUUCUCGAAGGAGAACAAGGCUUACGUCGGCAUUGUAGAAUAUCGACUAGCACAGUCCAUGACUUCAUUCAAACAGCAGCCAGAGGGGCAGUACACGCGGCGCAGUGCUACAGAUAGGCACUUGGCGGGAAGCCGUGAGCUGCUGGUACCCAUCCACUUCUAUGGUCAGCUAGCACAGCAGAGGGAAGGAUUUGAGCUGCUGAUCAACACUGGGCACAUCGAUUACUAUGUUGAGCUAGUCAAUUCGGAGUCACCUCGCACGAAUGACCAGCUCUUGGAAGUGAAGGCAGCCAUAUGGGCCCUUUGUCACAUCGGUGUAACACUCUGGGGACUCAAGUACCUGACGGACAAUGGAACGCUUGCACGGCUUGUUGAGCUGAUCGAGACAAGCCCAGUCUGCACUUUACGAGGGACGUGCAUGCUAGCGUUGUCGCUGAUUGCCCAGUCCACGCCCGGCUGCGAUGCACUGGAACAGUACGACUUUCGCAGCGUGCGCCACUCCAGCGAUGCCCUGUGGCCGGUGACAUUGCUGCACACGCCCAGCAGCACACUGGAAGCGGGCUCUAGCAGUGCUCACACUUCAACCAGUGGCCACCAUCUCUUGGUGUCGCACACCUACUCUGACAACACCGUGGAUGGCAGCACGUCCGAGAGCGGUGACGAAGCAGCAGACACGUCUGUGUCGUCGGCACUGCUGGCCACGCCGAACCGCGGCAUCAGGCGUAGCGUGAGCAGCGCAGACUCGCGUACUUCAGUCGGUCUCAACAUCAGCACUGCCAGCAUGCAGCUGGAUGAUGGCGAAGCUUUCUCUCCUGAGGAGAGUGUGGAUGCCUCCUCUGGAGGCAUAUCAGUAGCCACUCCAACCAGUCGCUUACAGAGUCUGCGCUCUUUCAACUCAACAACUUCGGCAGUUUCGGACAGUGUUCACCAGUUCAACCGCACGAGAACCCAGCCAGCGGCUAUGGUGAGUGGCAAGAUGGCUCUGCGUCGCAAGACCAGCAAUCCUGUGACGCGCAAAGGCAGUAUACCUCACCUGACUAGCGGAACUGCAGCGUUUGUGGGUGUCUGCCUGCCGUCGGAUAUCAAUCGCUUGUUUGAGAUGGAAGUGGAGCCAUUUUCCGGUGCCCUAGCGGACGUUUUGGAAGACCCACUGGGACUUCGCUUUGAUACGUUUCAUUCGGUCAAGGACUGCGUGCUCUGUGUACAUCACCCAUCCAAUGACUCUGACCUGUACGAGUCUGCACAGAUUGACCUGGACACUGAGAUGGAGAAGGGACCGCAGCCCAGAUCCUCCUACAAGUCUAAAGACACGAGCAAGGAAGAGGAAGAGAUUGACGUGACGAAGUUCGAGGGCCGAUUGCUUGUGCAGCGUGACUUGAUCUCCUGCAUUUCCAAGCUGAGCGGAGCAGUGGGUAGUCGUAACAAUCAAACCCAGAUAAUGAGUAUCAAAGACAAGUAUAAGUUUAUCUGCAAGGACCUGUGUCUCUACUCUCAAGUUGCCGGCCUGCUUGAGUAUUACCACUUCCGCAUCCAUGUACGCCGCUUUGUGCAGCAUCUGUUCGACGAGGCUGAUUUCUCUUCGAUAUUCCGGAGCUCGGCCCGUCCUGGUUUGUCUGAGCUACUCAUGGUUGAGUCAGGAGACUGAGUUGGAGUGAGUGGUGCUCCUGACGAUCGCAAGAGCCAUGUACUGACAGCUGCUUUUGUGUACAACGAGGUAUGGCGUGCUCAUGCUGAGACCACCGCACCAGCAGUGUAUGCCCCAGUGAUAUAAUAUUCUCUCUCUCUUCAGCGUUUCCCCAUGCCGAGUGAAGUGCUUUCUUUCUAUUGGUGUGCUGGAGCUGGUCUUUUUUGUGGAGACGUAACUGUUGCAUUUUGAACUGCUACAUCGACUUGAUGCUGAUUUGAUAUUGUUGCAUGUCUAGACUUUACUAUUGUAUUGUAUUGUAUUGUAUAUGUUUGUACAUUUUAGGUGAUUUCUGUCCAUAUGCAUUGAGGUGUAUGGAGUCGACUAGUUUCUCGGAAGUCAUCUUUCUGAGUGAAGGCUUAGUUAAGUGUGAGCGAGGUGAGACGCUAUCAGCACUGUUUAAUGUUGUUUCUUUUUAGUAGUAUUUCAAUUCUUUACUUUCAGCCUACUCCAUCCACACAGUCGGUCUUGAUUAGAGCCUGUCUUAAAUUUUGAACUAUUCUGUUAGAAGGCGUGGAUACGCAUUGCCACUGAUGUGUGCUUAGUCAAGAUUUAUACACGUUGCCCUGGAGCAUUCCUGGUAACGUUGCUUCCUUAGAGCAUUCCUGGUAACGUUGUUUCCUUAGGCCUGUUUUAGCAUACUUUAAAAGUGCAUCUGCUGUUCAGUGUACGAGUAUGGACAUUGGAUGGCGUACUGAAAAAUAUGAGAACAGCA